GAGUCCUGCGCUCUGCGUCUGGACGCAUAGGUCUGCAAGACGGUCAGCCCGAGGUGGAGCCGGAAGUGCUACGGUUAGGCCUCAGAGCCCCUCUGUUUGCCAAGGGGCGGUCGUUUUCUCCACCCCGCUCCUGGUCCCUUGUCCCCAGUGACCCAGAAGCCAGAGCCCCAGUCAGGGCGGGGCGGCGCAGCCCCAACUCCCGGACCCGGAAGAAGCGUCAUCUCGCCCCUCCGCCAUGGAGCCCACCGUGCCAUCCCUCACCGAGGAGGACCUGACUGAAGUGAAGAAGGACGCUCUUGAAAAUCUGCGUGUUUACCUGUGUGAGAAAAUCAUAGCUGAGAGACAUUUUGAUCAUCUACGUGCAAAAAAAAUCCUCAGUAGAGAAGACACUGAAGAAAUUUCUUGCCGCACAUCAAGUAGGAAAAGGGCUGGAAAAUUGUUAGACUACUUACAAGAAAACCCCAAAGGACUAGACACUCUUGUUGAAUCUAUUCGACGGGAAAAAACACAGAACUUUCUGAUACAGAAGAUUACAGAUGAAGUACUGAAACUCCGAAAUAUAAAACUAGAACAUCUCAAAGGACUGAAAUGUAGCAGCUGUGAGCCUUUUCCAGAUGGAGCCACAAACAGCCUUUCUAGGUCAAAUUCAAAUGAGAGUAAUUUCUCUGAAAAACUUCGAGCAUCCACUGUCAUGUACCAUCCGGAAGGAGAAUCCAGCACAGCUCCCUUUUUUUCUACUGAUUCUUCUUUGAAUUUGCCUGUCCUGGAAGUAGGCAGAACUGAAAAUACCAACUUCUCUUCAACUACACUUCCUAGACCUGGGGACCCUGGGGCUCCUCCUUUGCCACCAGAGCUGCAGUUAGAAGAAGGAGGAACUUGUGGAAACUCUAGUGAGAUGUUUCUUCCCUUAAGAUCACGUGCUGUGUCACGGCAGUGACACUUUAUUGCCUUUUAUUUUUUUUAAUAGUGACAAAAGAUGUUUCAAAGGGUAUAAUCUUUUUAUAAAACUACUAUAAUGAUUUACUUACAUUUGAUACACGUCUUUUAAAAUACAAUGUAAGCAUAUUUUGUAAAUAGAGUUUUUUAGCAUAAAAGACUCAUACUUUUAGGGAUAGCUAUAUAUAAAUAAUGUUGGUCAUACACUUCUCAGUAUUUUCUGUUUUUUUAUUUUUCAGAUUUUUUAUGUCGUAAGGCUGAUUUUUAUAGGGAAUAUUCUAUUUGGGAAUAGACUGUUAUGCUUGGAAUAAUGUUUCUCAUUGUAUUUGUACUAGAUAUUUUCAGAGGCUAAUAAAAAAAAUAGUCUUUUCCAACACUUUAGCAGUAAAUUUUCAGCAAUAAGCUGCUCUUAUUUGUUAACAAAGCCAACCACUAAUAGCAGAGAAUCUCUCAUUCAGUUGGUCUCACAAGGUCUCCUCAUUCUGGAGAAACUCCUAAUGAAGUUUGAGCCACCUAAGGUCUAUCUCAAUUUGCCAAAAUUCAUUUCUUAUUAAUCUUACUGAUACUGCUUUCUUUGGAUUUUCAGUGUUUGCUUUAUCAUUUUUUUCCUAAAGAAAAAUAUCUUAGUAUGAACCUCAAUUAUUACAUGUAAUUUGAUGCGAUUUAAAAAAAAAAAAAAACUUCUGAACUUUUUGUUCUCUUUUAAAUGAGUACUACUGUAUGGUUGAAAUAACUAGAACAAGCCAGGCAUGGUGGCUCAUGCCUGUAAUCCUAGCUAAUCAAGAGGAUCAUGGUUUGAAACCCUGGCAAAAAAUUUAUGAAACCUCAU